AUGGAUCUGACAGGUGUACCUACUCCCAAGAUGGACUGGGAAGCGACGAAUUUACCGGAACAGUGGAAAAAAUUCCGGACACACGUGGAUCUCAUAUUUAAAGGACCGCUGUCAGAGAAAAAUGAAGAGACUAAGGUUACGUAUUUACUGUUAUGGGUUGGCGACAAGGGCCGCGAGAUAUACAAUACUUGGACAGACAUGUCAAAUGAUGAUAAGAAGAAACUUGAGCCGCAUUACAAACGAGUACUCGCAGAAGACUGUAACUAUGGUAACAGCAAAGAUGAGAUGAUCCGUGACAGAAUUGUUUUCGGCACAUCUUCGCAAAAGGUCAGAAAGAAGCUCAUCGCAGAAGGAGAAAAGUUGACCCUAGAGAAGGCAAUACAGAUUGCACAAUCGUAUGAAUAUUCACAACAACAGCUAAAGACUAUGUCGUCACAAGAAGUCCAUGCAGUUAGUCAUGCGCGACACACGAGCAGUGGGAAGGCUUUUCGUGGUAGUUCUAAGCACUCCUCCAAGCAUAUGUCCAAGGAUACAGAGCAGAAAAGAUUCCCGCAAGCUCAGCCGAGGAAUCAACACAAGAUGAAGACACAAGAGUGUGAUAAGUGUGGGUAUGAUCAUUCAAAGCAUGCAAAAUGUCCAGCGAAAGGAAAACAAUGUAAAAACUGUAAUGGUUGGAACCAUUUUGCUACAAAAUGUUUUUCUAAGAAAGUUUCAUGUCAUGAAUUACAAGCUUUGCCAGAGCAGUCAGAUUCAGACCCAGAAUUUUUCAUUGAUAUUAUUGAAACCAAUCACAACAAUGAUCAAGCAUUUUGUAAAUUGCUUAUUGGUCCAAAAAACAAGUCGAUCAAAUUCAAAUUAGAUACAGGUUCACAGGUUAAUGUAUUACCAAAGCAUGUACUUGGCUCAUUGAAUUUGUCCCAUGUUUACAAUCUUAUGCAAACUGAUCAAAAGUUGUCCGCCUACAAUGGUAACUCCCUAUAUUCACUUGGUUGCCUAGAGCUUGCUUGUACUUACAAAAGUCAAUUACAGAACCUUACAUUUCAUGUUGUCGAUACUACCUCCCCUCCCAUUUUAGGGAUGCGAGCAUGUUUAGAUUUUGGUCUGAUCAAACUUGUAUACUCGUGUGACUUGGGUACAGUUGAGAACAAUAAACAAGCUACUAGUAGUAAGCCCAUGAAUGAAAGUCAGGUUUUGUCAGAGUUCUCGGGGGUAUUUGAAGGGAUUGGUCUUUUCCCAGGGGAUUGUACAAUACACACUGACCCUAACGUACACCCGGUCGUACACCCACCUAGAAGGGUACCAUUGGCCCUUCAAGAUAAGUUAAGAGCCGAGCUAGAGAGAAUGGAAUCUCAGAACAUUAUUUGCAAGGUCACUAAGCCUACUCAGUGGGUGAGUUCAUUCGUUGUUGUUGAAAAGCCCAACGGCAAACUCCGUGUUUGCCUUGACCCCAAAGACCUUAAUAAGGCAAUACUUAGACCCCAUUAUCCAAUGAAAACACUAGAGGAUGUCCUACCCCAGCUCUCAAAAGCUAAGUUCUUCACUAAGUUAGAUGCUAGAAGUGAGUAUUGGACCAUUAAGUUGUCAGAAGCAUCCUCUUACCUCACUACGUUCAAUACGCCAUUUGGACGUUACAGGUAUCUCAGACUCCCUUUUGGACUCAAGUCAUCACAGGAUGAGUUUCAGAGAAAGAUAGAUGAGUGUUAUGAAGGUCUUGAUGGUGUCGUAGCUCUGGUCGAUGAUAUACUUGAGUUUUGUCAAACUAGAGAAGAGCACGACAGGAACUUGCGUCAAGUUCUCACAAGGUCAAAAGAGAGAGGUGUUAAGCUAAACAAAGAUAAGUUAGAGGUCGGGGUCACAAAGGUCAAGUACUUUGGUCAUUUACUAACCUCCGAGGGUGUGGGUCCAGACCCUGAUAAAGUCUCUGCAGUUCGAGACAUGAAGCCCCAAGGGAUAAAUCAGAAUUAG